CAUAUCUUUGUAUCCAAUAAAUCUGAAUGUCGAUUAUAUUCUUUUGCAAUUUUUGUUGUGUGUAUACGCUGACAAAGAAGAAUUUACGCUAAUACUACAUACGCAGACGGUGAUAGAUCAUUUUCUAAUUGAUUUUUCAAAUGUCUCUCAAUUUAAGCCGAUACCGUGAUACACUUUUACACGCAUGGAAAGAGGUUUUAGAUGAUAAAAAUGAAACAAAUUGGGCGUUAUUUGGGUAUGAAGGGCAAACAAAUACACUUAAGGUAGUUUCUACAGGUUCUGGUGGAAUAGAAGAGCUCACAGAAGAACUAAAUAGUGGCAAAAUAAUGUAUGCAUUUUUAAAAAUAACAGAUCCAAAAACAUCUCUUCCAAAAUAUGCUUUAAUAAAUUGGCAAGGAGAAGGUGCUCAUACACUUCGUAAAGGAAUGUGUGCAAAUCACUUACGUGAUAUAGAAAAUUUCUUCAAAGGUGCACAUCUUACGAUUAAUGCUAGAAGUGAAGAUGAUCUUGAUUCACAAACAAUUGUUGAUAAAUUGGCCAAGAGUGGUUCAGCAAUCAAGCUCAUAACUCAUAGAAGUGAAAUAUCGGAUGUGAAAACACCUGUAGGUACCAAUUAUAAAAAGGUAAACCCUGUUGCAGAAAUUAAUUCGAAUGAAAGAGACCAGUUUUGGCAAAAGGAAGAACAGGAAGAGAAGAAAAGGAAGGAAGAAGAGAGGAAGCGAAAGGAGCAUGAACGUCAAAUUAUUGAAGAAGAAUUCAAACAGAGGGGAAUUCAUGAGGGUACUGAAUGGAAUAAUAAGACUGAUGUUUUUAGUCAAAAUGACGAAAAAGACUAUGCUAAAUCAAACCCAAGUCCAAGAAAAUUGGUAAAUACUUCAAUUUUUGAACAAAGUGCAGUUCAAGUUAAAAAAAUACCAGAAAAACCUGUACGUAGUUCACUUUUAAAAAGUCAAACACAACCAUUUUCUCAAACAAGUGUUGAAGUAAAUCCAACUUGUACCCAAGAACAUGUUUCAGAACCACUUCAACAAAAGCAACAAAUAACAGAAAGCAAGUCAUUUGAUGAAGGACAAAGUGAUGAAGAUUCUGAUCAAUUUUCAACUAUAAAACGUUCACCAAGAGAUCCUCAGAAAAAUGUAAAUACUGAUAAAGAUAAAAGUUUGCACAAUACUGAAUUUAUCCAACAAAUUACUGAGCAACAGUUUGUUGAUGAGGUAAUUUAUCAAGAUUUAGUUGAAGGACCAGGCUUACAAGCUCGUGCACUUUAUGAUUAUCAAGCAGCGGAUGAUACAGAAAUUACAUUUGAUCCUGGUGAUAUCAUUACAAACAUUGAUCAAGUGGAUGAAGGAUGGUGGCAGGGACUUGGUCCUGAUGGAACUUAUGGGCUAUUUCCAGCGAAUUAUGUUGAGUUGAUUAAUUAAUGUAAACAUUAAUACAUUAUUUAAUGUAAAUGUAUAUGAACCUUAUUAAAACUGAAUCAACAAAGAGAGAGGGAAAGCAACAGAAAAAUUAAUGACAAAUGGUGCGAAUUUUGCUAACGAUGGGUGAUGGUCGAGAGGUGAUACAAGUUAAACUUUUUUAGAGUAUUAUUUAGUCAUUUAUUAAUAUUUAUACGCCAUCAUUACUUCUAGUUAUCAAUAGUAUUACAUCAUAAGUGAUUAUAAUAUUGUCAGAAUGUAUACAGUACUUGUGUAAUUUGGUAUACUCAAUUAAAAUGUUUUCUAAUGAUUGUGGCUCAUA